GUUUAAAGGCCGGAGCGGCGCGGGGCAGGGGAGCAGGCGAGCCGGCAGGGAGCGGCCGCCGAGCAGCGGGGCAGCUCGGGCAGCGUGCGAGAGAGCCGGGGGCGGGCCGGGGGCCGGCACACAGCCCCGCCACCGCCCGGGGGCUCCGGCCCCGGCGCCCUCGCUGCCCAGACGUAACCUCCUGUCCUCGCUCCCUGCGCGCCUCGGCAGUGCGGACCAUGCCAGCCAUCAACAUCGAGGACCUGAGCGAGAAGGACAAACUGAAAAUGGAAGUGGAGCAGCUGCGGAAAGAAGUGAAGCUGGAAAGGCAGCCGGUGUCCAAGUGCUCCGAAGAGAUCAAGAACUACAUCGAGGAGCGGUCGGGAGAGGACCCGCUGGUGAAGGGGGUUCCCGAGGACAAGAACCCCUUCAAGGAGAAGGGAGGCUGUGUCAUCGCUUAGAAGGGAUCCCGCGCCUGCCCGGAGCAGACACUCCUCCCGUACCCCUAGGGAGUCACUAGCGUGUCCCCACCGCCGCCGGUCCGUGUCGAACAAGCACAGGAGCGGAUUCCUUUCGAUGUUCUAUUUCUCCUUCCAAAAACACAGAAACCCGCGCCAAAGCCGCCGGGCAGGGCCGGCUGCGCCCCUGGCGCUGCGCGGGGCCCGCUCGCCACCCGCUUGUCGGUCGCUUCAUGGCUGUUCGCUGGCAUUAAAGAGAACCUGCCCGUAA